AUGUAUGCGGUAUGUGAUAAUUUUGGGGAAAUAUAUGGAUUCAGGGAAGAUGAAAUAAAUAGCUACUUCUGCAAAAUUCUAAUAAGAAAUUUAAGCUUAAUAACCAUGGAUAAUAGUAUAAUGGGAGGAGUGAGCAAAGGUAGAAUACGGAGAAACAUGGAUAAGAGUGUCCUAUGUGAUCUUCUGAACAUAUGGUUAUCAUAUUAUGACAUGAGGAAUGAACAUACGGAUUUAGACAUUAUGUAUGCAUUCCUGGCUGUGGAAAAUUUGGAAACAUUAUAUGAAGAUGGGCAAUAUGGGAAAUGUGAAUAUAAAAAUGGAUAUAGAGUUCUAGGAGGAAGUAGGGACAACAGUUUCUUUGAAGUAUAUGAUUGGCUAAUACAUGAAGGGUUAGUAGGGAAAAUUGAUGAACUUGGUAAAAGCGAUAGUUGUCAUAUAAACGAAAGUAAGGAACAUAGGGAUAGUGAAAUAUUAGGAAUAAUAAUAGGACAGAUGGGGGAGGAUAUGCGCGAGAAAGUUGAAAAAAUUAUGAGUGAGCGGAAUAGUACACGUGAAGAAAUAAAAGUACAUGAGAAAGAGUUAGAAAUGGGAGCGGAGGAUGGACCUCCUCACCUUCUCUCGAAUGAUAAUGAAAAGGAAGGGUUUGGCCAAAGCCAAAAGGGGGAAGGAACACCUGGUAACCAAGAAACUAGUCCAAAUCAGCAAGCACCACCACCACCUACACCACCCUCAGCACGAGCAACACCAGGACAUGAAACUGUGGUAAAGUCAGCACCAUUACCAGGAAGUGUACUCCCUCCUGCUGCAGAUUCUUCAGGUAAAGCGACAGGAGGAGAAAAAAGUGCAACUUCACCAGAUAAGGAGUUACAGGACACUGAUGAUUUGGAUAUUCUUCUUCCAUUGGAUGAUACUUUUACAGGGUGCCAUGGAAGUCGUUGUGGAGAGUUAGAAGAUGAUGACCUAAGUGUUGGCACUUUCUCCAGUACUGGUGUAGCUGCAACCGUCACUACAACGGAAAUUGCUUCCACUACUUCAGGUCCAGGUGAUCACAGUGCUACCACUACUAAUCAAAAUCCAGGGGAAGCAAAGGGACCAGACUCAACACCUUCAACUCAAGAUCCAGAAAGAAGCAAGGCUGGUUCUGGCUCCCAGGUUCCAACAGAAACGAAGAUAGAAAAAACUGAUGAACCUGGUGAUACUCAUGAAGCUGGUCCUGCUGGUCCUUCCGGGAACGUUGAAGGAGAAGGUAAACAACCUGGUGUUACAGUUACACGGACUACGGAUUCGGGUUUAGGUGCUGGUCCUAACACUCCCGGUUUAAGUCCAGGGGGUAAAACUAUUCAGAGUUCAAGUAUAUCAGGGGGUGGACAGGGUGGUCAAACUAUUCCAAAAACACCGGAGGCUAUUCCAUUUGUUAACAAGAUGGACAACCCUUCCCAACUCCUUACCCCAUACCUUCCUACCAUUCCCGUUCUAAUGGGUAUUUCAAUUACGACCUACUUACUUUGGAAGUAUUUUGCCUUACCAAGGAAAAGAAAACGUCACAGAAGAGCUCAUCAAGUAUCUGGUCCUCCUUCCUUAGGAGAACAACUCCUUGCUCAUGUGGACGACCAGACAGAUGGUCCACAUGCAUAUACCUUAGUAAAAAAGCGCAGACAACCAAGAUCUGCUCCCACAAGAACGAAGAGGUCAAAAAAACAGAGCAUUGGUCGUCCUGUUGUUGGUCGCCGCACCAUUAUUGAUAUUCAUUUAGAAGUCUUAAACGAAUGUCAAAAGGGGGACCUUCAUUUGACGAAGGAAGAUUUUUUUGAAAUUUUGGUUCAAGAAUUUAUGGGAAGCAAUUUUAUAGAGGAAGAAAAAGUUCCUAAGGAAAAUGUUCCUAAGAGGAGUGUUACUAAGGAAGAUAUUCCUGUGGGAGGUGUUCCUAAGGAACAGGAUCCAAGUUCAGGUUUCCGGGUGUUCCAAAGGAAGAGGUUCCAUGUUUCAGAUUCCGGGUUUAAGGAGGAAGACUUUGUUCCUAAGGAAGGUGUUCCAAAGGAAGAGGUUCCUGAGGAAGGUGUUCCUAAGGAGGGUGUUCCUGAGGAAGGUGUUCCUGAGGAACAAGUUCAAUGUUCAGAUUCCAGGUUUAGGGACGAAAACUUUGUUCUUAAGGAACAGGUUCCAAGUUCCGAUUCCGGGUUUUAG